AUGAGGCUCGCCGACAUCGUUCUCGACCUCGCUGCCGUAGCCAGCGCCUCGCGCUCGGUGGCGUCGAAGCAUGUCGCCCUCCGCGCCAGGCAGAUUGACCGCUUCGGCAAGAGCUCGAGCUUGACUGCACGCCCGGCGACCGCAGCUCCAUCAAAUCCCGCCUCGGCGCCCGAGCCUUCCAAUGCUCAUACAGGCGCCGCGGCACCGACAACGCCUGUCAGCUCGGUCCCGACGCCCAUCCCCGAAGCAGCAGAAACGGUGACGCGUGCGCAGCCCAGUUCGAAUGCCGGGCGUGAUGCAGUCGGCGAGGCCGCUAUAUUGGGCCGAGAUAGGCAGGUUGCGCCGUGGGCGACCCGCGAUGGCCUCUUUGCUGCAGCAACAAAAACACCGAGAAGGCCCGUUUUCGAGUCCGCACCGGCGAAGCUGGGAGGGAUGGAUGCCACUGCCGCGGAUGGGAUGCCCGAAGGCAUUAAUAUCAACAUAUUCCAGACUUCAAGGGGAUCCAAAAUACUCGAAUCUCUCCAGUCGGAUGCAGACGUGGACAGUGAUGGCACGAAGGACGCUUUUAAGGUUACAGGUACUGUAGAGGGCGCAAGAGCUUCCGACGCCGCUCGACUCGAAAGCUUGACAGCAGAGUAUUCUAGGAAAGAGUCCGAAGUAGCGAGCAAACCACUGCAAAAACCGGAAGCGUCGGAAGAGAUAGCCACGGCGAAGGCAGAUGCCGUUGAGCCUGUUACAGUCACAUCUCCGACUAUAUCCACCCCGGCAUCCCCAUCUGCCGCUGCAGAGGUGGCACAAGAUCCGGCGCCGGCAGCCUCGGGCUACCAGCUCCGCGAGUCUAAGGUGCCGGCAACCCGGCUCAGCCGCAUCUGGAACUACGGCGGUCUGGCGGCCGGCAUGCUGGGCGGCGCGCUGACCGAAUCCAUCAGCCGUGGCUUCGGUGGCGGCACGUCUGGAACAUCAGCCAUGCUGAGCCCCGCCAACAUGGAGCGUCUGGUGUCCAAGCUUUCGCGCAUGCGCGGCGCCGCUCUCAAGAUGGGCCAGAUGCUGUCGUUCCAGGACUCCAAGAUGCUCCCGGGUCCGAUCCGAGAGGUGCUGCAACGCGUGCAGGACAGGGCCGACUAUAUGCCCGCGUGGCAGCGCGACCGGGUGCUGGCCGCAAACCUAGGCUCCGAGUGGAGAGACCUCUUUGUGACCUUUGAAGAAAAGCCUAUCGCUGCCGCUUCAAUAGGUCAGGUUCACCGUGCAACGCUUAAGCCGCAAGUCGAGGGCGGCAUGCCUGUGGAGGUGGCAGUCAAGAUCCAGUUCCCCGGGGUGGCCGACAGCAUCAACUCGGACCUGGACAACCUGGGGAUGUUGCUCGCUGCGACGAAGCUGCUGCCAAAGGGGCUAUACCUCGACAAGACCAUCGCCAACGCGCGCACCGAGCUCGCCUGGGAGUGUGACUACGAGCGCGAGGCCGAGUGCGCCCAGCGCUACCGCACGCUCCUCGACGGGGACGAAGAUGCCGUCUUUGCCGUGCCGCGCGUUUUUACGGCCGCGUCAGGGAAGCAGGUGUUGACGAUGGAGUUUAUGCACGGCAUCGGCGUCACGCGGGGCAUUCAUUCCUUCACCCAGGAGCAGCGCGACCGGAUCGGGACCCACAUUCUACGGCUGUGCCUGCGCGAGAUAACCGAGUUCCGCUUCAUGCAGACGGACCCCAACUGGACCAACUUCCUCUACAACGCCGAGACGGGCCGGCUCGAGCUGCUCGACUUUGGCGCCUCGCGCGAGUACCCGGAGCGGUUCGUGUCUCUGUACGUCAGGUUGCUGUACGCGGCGUCCAAGGGCGACCGAGAGGGCGUCCGCGUUCUGUCCGAGGAGCUGGGGUACUUGACGGGCCACGAGAGCAAGGUGAUGCUGGAUGCGCACACGCAGUCGGUGCUGACUCUGGCCGAGCCCUUCCUUGAGUCCGCGCCCGAGGUGUACGACUUCCGCGACCAGACAAUCACCGAGCGGGUCAAGAGCUUCAUCCCCGUCAUGAUCAAGGAGCGCCUCGCGCCUCCGCCAGAGGAGACGUACAGUCUUCAUCGGAAGCUGAGCGGGGCUUUUCUUUUGUGUGCCAGGCUUGGGAGCAAGGUGAAGUGCCGGGAGAUGUUUACCGAGAGCGUCAAGAAAUCCGGACUUGUGCCUGAAGCUUGA